AUGGAAUUAAUAGUAAAUGGAGAUUUAAAAAAUUAUCUUUAUCGACAUCGACAAAGUGAAGUUAAUCCAAAUGGUCCAACAUUAUCUGAAUCGGCAAUGAUUCAAUUAGCAUUAGAUGUUGCUGAUGGAAUGUAUUAUUUAUCAGAUCAAAAAUUUGUCCAUAGAGAUUUAGCUGCAAGAAAUUGUCUUGUUAAUGGAAAUUAUGCGUGUAAAGUUGGAGGUAAAAUUAGAAUAUGUAUUUCAAAAGAAACAAAAAAAAAUAGAAAUAAUUCAAUAUAUUUUAUAUGAAUGAAUGACAAAGAAGUUUAAAAUGUUUUAUCAGUUAUUCAGUCUCUUGUAGGCAAUGAGAUUCUGUAUAAACUUUUGCCGUUCUAGGACAAUACGAUGAACAUCUGUAAUAUGAGAUGAAUUCAUUUUUUCUAGAUUUAAGUUUUUUGAUAUUGUAUUAAUUAUUUGGUAAGUAAAUGAAAAAAAACGGUGUUCACUAAGCUUUGACGUGCUUAAUCAUUAUUAUUUUUUUUUUACAUGUUUCAUUAACAAUAUAUAUGUCGUGUCGAAGUUACACCGGUUGACAAAGUUAUAACUUUGUUAACAAUUUUGUCGAAGUUACAACUUUGACAGAAAAAAUAGAUCAAGUUACAACUUCGACAAGAUAUUUUGUCGAAGUUAUUUUUUACACAUUUAUUAAUAAAUAAUUUUAUUAAAUUGAAU